AGCGACACAUAUCACGCGAUCCCAACGAACCCUAAUCUCGAUCUCAAAUUUUGACGGCGGCGAAACUCCGUCGCGACUGAGCCGGAGCAGGGGGGAGGAGGCUGAGUGACAUGGGUGUCAGGCUACCGGAGGAGGGGAAGAAGGCGCUCUCCUUCGCCUAUCGGAGCGGCCUAGACGCCGUCGAGAGGGGGAAGGCCGUAUCCCUCGCCAUGGUGGGCUGGCUCAAAAUCAAAGCCGACGUCGCCGUCCGGAGUGGGCUCGAGGCCGAGCAAGUGAAGAAGCUCGUCGACAACGCCGUCCAGUGCGGACUUGAGGCCGAGGAGGCGCAGAAGAUCCUCCACCUCGCCGUUCGGAGCGGGCUCGACGCCGAGGAGACCCUCUCCGCCGCCAUCCGCACGGGGCUCAAGACCGAGGAGGAGAUACACACCUGCCUGCUCCAGCAGCUGCUGGCCUCCUUCGACAAGCGAAACAGGAACGACACCGAGCUGGACCAGUGGAUACGCCCCCGCGACCGUAGCAGAAAUGCCCCCAAGUUCCCCUUCUUCCUCUUCAAGAUGAAGGCGUCCGCCGAGAAAGCGCGGGUAUCAUGGCGGAUGAAGAAGUACGACAUGUUUCCUCCCGAGCGACCGGGGUACACCUGCGCCCUGCGGGUCGCGCGCUUGGUUAUCGGACCGGAUGGAUUUCGCCUGGAACAGGCAGGGCAGCCGGGCGGGCAGCCUGGUGCGCUAUCCUACCAUAUCGACACUAGUUACAAGAGGUGGCUACGUCCCAAAGAAGGCAUCUUCAAGGAGGGCUCCUGUCCGCCUCUCAGGGAGGUGGCCGUGAUCCAGAGGAUGCCCCGCGGCGAGGGGAUUUCCAUCAUGUCUCAUGUGGAGGGUCUUGGUGUCAAGCUUGGUGAUAUCCUCUUUCUGUUCCACGGCUGGUCUGUAACCGUGGCCCUGACCUUCACCGAACGGGAGUUCCAUGUCUCUUCCAAGUUCAAGGAAGAACCGCUGUACACCAGCGCACAUCUUGAUUUCAUAGACAUUACGGUCCCUGUUGAGAAUCUGAUCAAGAAGCUUUACCAGAUGUAUAAGCUAGAGGAACAAGAUAAAAGAAAAAUGCAGGAGAAGCAAGAUAAUCAGGAGACAGCCAAGCUGGUGUGCCAGGUUGAGGACCAGAAAAGGGAGAAAUUGGAAGUCCGGCAGAGGACAAGGGCUGACAGAAAGAAAUAUGAUGGCCUGCGCAUGGAAAUGAAGAGUGUGGUUCGACAGAUGAAGCAAGGAGCAAGCGCUCAAGGAAAACAAGGGCAACUUGAAGAAUAUGAGGACACUUGCUAUUUCACCACAAUGCGUUUGCUCUUCGGAGAGCCUGAACCUGAUUCGAUUGCACCAUCGGACGAGGAGCUAUGCCAAAGUGAGGACAAGUGCAAGGAAUCUCUAGAGGGGUCUAUGAAACUUAUAUUACAGACCGGUAAUCUUGGUGGUGGUGGAGCUGAGGAAGGUAAGGGAACAGAGGAACCAUCGCCAGCGUGACGAAUGACCAUGAAGGCCAGAAGUGCUACCAAAAUGAAAAAAGAAGUCCAGAAGUAAUCCAAGUCUGCAGAUCUGCUGAGCUACGUCUGUGAACUCGUCACUUACAUUUUACUUUGUCUUCCGCUAAGAUGAACCAUGCCAUGCAAAGCUUGCGCUGGACAGGCUGGUUGCUGAAGUUGGUUGUUAAUUCUUUUGAGGUUCUUGCGGUUGAAUUUCUAUGCUAUGUUGGUGGUAGUUGCUAUCCUGGAACCAGCUGGUAUUAGCGUGGAAGCUAAGUUCAUAUAUGUGGUUGCUAAAUGGCUCGGUGCAUAUUUACUGCAAAAUAUAUGACUCUUAAUUGUAAUAGUUUUUUGCUGAUUAUGUGAUCCUGUUUUA